AUGCACACAUUACGUGAAUCAGCUCAAUUACAGGACUCCGCGCACCCCACCUGGACGCUGACGCUAAUCUACUUCUUUUCGUUGGUGCAUGGCCUGACUCUGGUGGGCACUUCCGGCAAUCCGUGCGGCGUGAUGAUGCAGAUGAUGCUGGGGGGAAUGUCCCCCGAGAUGGGUGCAGUGAGGCUGUCGUCUCAGCUAGUUAGCGCUCUGUGCAGCAGGUACUGUGUAAGCGCCCUGUGGAACCUGGGUCUGACCAAGUAUCACUUCAGCGAGAGGAACUUGGCUUGCAAGAAUCCCAUCAAUUCCGAUUUACCCCAAGCGAUCAUCACAGAGGCCAUCUGCUCCUUUAUCUUCCACAGCGCUCUGCUGCAGUUCCAGGAGGUCCGAACCAAGCUUCGUAUCCACCUGCUGGCUGCACUCAUCACCUUUUUGGCCUACGCAGGAGGAAGUAUAACAGGAGCUGUAUUUAAUCCAGCAUUGGCACUUUCACUUCAUUUCAUGUGUUUUGAUGAAGCUUUCCCUCAAUUUUUUAUAGUGUAUUGGCUGGCUCCUUCUGUAGGUAUAUUGUUGAUGAUUUUAAUGUUCAGCUUUUUCCUUCCAUGGCUGCAUAACAACAAUACAAAAAAGGAAUAACUAUUCCAAAAGACUCAGACUAAGUUAAAAGACAGUCAAGCUGGAUGUGCUAAACACUGGUACACUGGAUUUGUCAAUGUUUUAACUUCCUUUGAGGAAGCUGUCUUAAGUUUUCAUCACUGGGACUUAAAAAAAAAAAAUUACUGUGAAAACGAGGUAUCCUGUAUUUCUCAGUUAAGACUUGUUCUUUUGAGUGAUGUAUUAAAUGCUGCUAGAAAAGACUCAUUCAUUAAACCUCACAUAAAUCUCAA